AUGGGUGAUUUAAAUUCAUCUCAUUACUCUUCUCAAACUGAUCAACUGUCAUAUAGUACUAAUAGUUCUCCAUCUUCUCCAUCUUUAAUCCCUCCUUUCAUUCCGACAAUUACAAUUGACGUUAGCAGCUUGGUUUCAACGCAAAAUGGAGACUAUCCUUAUACAGCUUUCAAAAUUUAUUGUAAAGAGCUUCGCUCACGAGGAUUUCAUUCCAAAAAUCAAAUGUCACGGUUUUGGGGGCAAGAACUAGCAAUUGUGAAACAAUUCUAUAAAAAUAUUGCGGUUGUUGCCAACGACAAAUAUGAACAAAGGUGGCCUCAUGUACAAAGACAGCGGUAUCAACAAUCACCGGCAAACCGUUCAUCAUCAUCCUCCACUGCUCUCUUUACUUAUUCAAUAAAUAAUUCCUUGCCUUCUAUGCCGGAAAUAGAUGCAAGUGAAUUGAGUACUAUCCCUUAUCAAAGAACUGUUAAUCCACUAAGCAUUGGUAAUCAACCAGGCUUGACGUCAUCUAACGUGUUUUACAAUCAACUCGACUUGACGUCAUCUAACGUGAUUUGUAAUCAACUAAGCUUGACGUCAUUUAACCUUAAUCAACCAAUCUUGACGCCUUUUAAUUCGUCACCUAACGUCAAUUCGAACAAACGGACUAGAGGCACCUACGCCGCCGCCGCUUGUGAUCCUUGUAAAAAGUCAAAAGUCAGAUGCAAAUAUUCGAGCAAUGACCCAUC